GCCAAAGCGCCGGGCGUACCCGCUACACCAGAAGCUGCGAGUGCGGCCCCCGCGCCCCCGCAGCCGAGUAGCCUGUUCCCCGCGCGCCGUGAAGAGCCUGAUCCAGGCGCCGCCGCCCGCACCAUGGCCGCCCCAGACCUGUCCACCAACCUCCAGGAGGAAGCCACCUGCGCCAUCUGCCUCGAUUACUUCACCGACCCGGUGAUGACCGACUGCGGCCACAACUUCUGCCGCGAGUGCAUCCAGCGUUGCUGGGGCCAGACCGAGGGCCCGUACGCGUGCCCCGAGUGCCGCGAGCUGUCGGCGCAGAGGAACCUGCGGCCCAAUCGCCCGCUCGCCAAGAUGGCAGAAAUGGCCCGGCGCCUGCACCCGCCGUCGCCCGUCCCGCAGGGCGUGUGCGCGGCGCACCGCGAGCCGCUGGCCACCUUCUGCGGCGACGACCUCUGCCUGCUGUGCCCCACCUGCGAGCGCUCGGAGCACUGGGCCCACCGGGUGCGACCGCUGCAGGAGGCGGCCGACGACCUCAAGGGGAGGCUGGAGAAGUCACUGGAGCACCUGCGGAAACAAAUGGAGGAAGCGAUGCUGUUCCAAGUCCAGGCUGAGGAGACCUGUGCCUUGUGGCAGGCAGGUGCCGCGUCUGGGAUGAAGGAGGGAGCAAAGAUGGUGGAGAGCCAGAGGCAGAAUGUGCUGGGCGAGUUUGAGAGGCUGCGCCGCCUGCUGGCAGAGGAGGAGCAGCAGCUGCUGCAGAAGCUGGAGAAGGAGGAGUUGGAGGUUCUGCCCCGACUACGAGAAGGUGCCUCGAGGCUUGGCCAGCAAAGCACACAGCUGGCAGCCCUCAUCUCAGAGCUUGAGAGCCGCUGCCAGCUGCCCGCCUUGGAGUUACUGCAGGACAUUAAGGACGCCCUGUGCAGGGUGCAGGAUGUGAAGCUGCAGCCUCCAGCAGUGGUGCCCAUGGAGCUGAGGACCGUGUGCCGGGUCCCAGGGCUGGUGGAGACCCUGCGGAGGUUCCGAGGGGACAUAACCCUGGACCCAGAUACUGCCAACCCGGAGCUGGUCUUAUCUGAGGACCGGAGGAGUGUGCAGCGCAGCGACCAGCGGCAAGCCCUGCCUGACAGCCCAGAGCGUUUUGACCCAGGCCCCUGUGUGCUGGGCCAGGAGCGCAUUACCUCUGGCCGCCACUACUGGGAGGUAGAAGUUGGGGACCGCACCAGCUGGGCACUUGGUGUGUGUAAAGAAAACGUCAACAGGAAGGAAAAGGGGGAGCUGUCAGCUGGCAACGGAUUCUGGAUCCUGGUGUUCCUCGGGAGUUUCUAUAAUUCCACUGAGCCGGCCUUCUUUCCACUACGGGACCCUCCCAAGCGUGUGGGCAUUUUUCUGGACUAUGAAGCUGGCCAUCUCUCAUUCUACAGUGCCACAGAUGGGUCACUGCUGUUUAUCUUCCCUGAGACCCCCUUCUCAGGUACACUCCGACCCCUCUUCUCACCUUUGUCUAGCAGCCCAACCCCUAUGACCAUCUGCAGGUUGAUAGGCGUACCUGGGGACACCCUUGGUCCCCAGUGACCUGGACCCUCUGGGAGAGUCCCUUCACCUCUCCUGGUCCCUUGUCCUGGCCAUGCAGAGACCCAGGAGCCAGCUGGCACCCUGUGAGCAUUAGGAGGAGCACACAGUGCCUUUCUGACCACACGUGGGAAACACGAGUUCUCAGUCUUAAGAGACGGUAUGAGUGGGAAUGCACCGAGCUGGGCCCUGUCCUCAUGGGGCCCUCUCUGCCACUGAUGCCACUUUCGUGCCAAAAGCCCUCACCAAAGCAUUAAGUCCCACACAUCACCAGCACCUCUGACUCCAGUUUCCAGUGAUGCCAUAGGCUUUUCCAGAGGUGAUCCAGGCCUGUCCACGCUGCUGUGCAGCAGCCUGGCCUGGCCCACCUGCCAACGAGCACGCCACACCAUCCCUGAAGUGAUACUAGGUCAGCUUAGGGAGGGAGCCAGCUUCAAGCCCACCAGCAUCUCAGGAUUUGGUCUAAAAAACGGGCAGGUUGCUCAGAGUCCUUAACCUUGCUUGGUGUAGCUCCAGAGAAGGGGAUUCAAGGACAGGAGCCUGGCCCCAGGCAUGAAACAGCCUGGGGGGUGGGGGUGGGGUCCUAAGUCCUAAGUGAGUAUCCAACAUUUGUAUUCAGCACAUGAGGGGCCCAGAACUCAGAAAUGACUCCUGAACACACCCAUCUAUUCUGAGACUUAUGUGGUUUCAUGCCCUCAGAAGGGCUUCCCUGAUGUCUGGCCAGCUUUGGGACACUGCCCUGGUUGCCUGCCUUGCAGAGUGACCUACAUAGUCCCAAGCGCACAGCAGCUAGCAGUGACUGUUUUUGUAUUACACUUCUGGGAGUUUUAUCUAUUUAUUGAAAGGGAAACAUUUAAAUAAACCGUCAUCUG